UUUCGGUCCAGCUCAGAGUUUCUACCCGCCAGCUCAACUUGUCCUCCUUCCACCACCUCCGACUCUCUUUCUUCAUCCUUCUCUUCCACCCUCCCUCCGACAGUUACGACUCGCCAUGGCCAUCGAAAAAGAACCCGGUCAAAAGGGUGUCAACUGGUCCAACAUUGCUGUUGGCGGCAUCAUGAACAUGUUCGAGGUUACGACAUUGGGCCAACCUCUGGAGGUACUCAAAACUCAAAUGGCGGCUAACCGGCAACAGACUAUGUUGCAAGCGGUUCAAACAGUCUGGAGUCGUGGUGGAGUUACAGGUUUCUACCAAGGUCUCAUUCCUUGGGCGUGGAUUGAGGCUUCUACUAAGGGUGCGGUACUGCUCUUCACCGCAUCGGAGAUCGAGACGAAGACAGUUGCGAUGGGCCUAAACCCUGCUGCAGCUGGUCUUCUCGGUGGUAUGGGUGGUGGCAUUGCCCAGGCCUAUGCUACUAUGGGAUUCUGCACAUGUAUGAAAACCGCGGAGAUUACCCGUCAUAAACAAGCUGCAUCUGGCAUUAAACCUCCAUCAACAUGGGCCGUCUUUGCUGAUAUCUAUCGACGAGAAGGUAUUCGUGGUAUCAACAAGGGUGUAAAUGCAGUAGCUGUUCGUCAAUGUACUAAUUGGGGCUCACGAAUGGGUUUUGCUCGGUUAGCUGAAACCUGGAUCAGGAAGGUUAAAGGAAAGGGUGAGAACGACAAGCUUUCCGCCCUUGAGAAGAUUGCUUCCUCCACUGUUGGUGGUGCCCUUGCUACUUGGAAUCAACCCAUUGAGGUUGUUCGUGUUGAGAUGCAAUCAAUGUCAAAAGCCGUUGCGAACUCUAACCGUCCGGCAAAGCUCACUAUCCUCAACACAUUGGCAUUCAUCUAUAAGGAGAACGGCAUCAAGGGUCUUUACCGCGGUGUGACUCCGCGUAUCGGUCUCGGUAUCUGGCAAACUAUCUGCAUGGUAUCUUUCGCAGACUACGUCAAAGCUUGGGUGAAGGCGAAAUAGUGAUGUUUCUUUCGUUUUGGGUUUGGACUGUUUUUGUUAUAGACUUCAUGUUGAGUGUACCGAUGCUGAGAUACCAGAUGUGGUCGAUGCAUACCUAGUCAUACUAUACUUGCUAAUAACCACAUGCUUUCUUGCUCAUGUAUUUAUCUUCAUUCAUCUCGGGGGAAGCGUUCACCCAUUGUUACCGCGGCUAAACGAUUGCCGGGGCCGGGCCAGUCUCAACUAGGAAUAUUAGCCUC